AUGAUUAGACGGUGUCUCUCCACCCUGGCUACUUGUCACGCUGACUUCUCCCAUGCUGUCAUUGGAGCCGGCAUCGUUGGCCUUGCCAUUGGUGCUGAACUCCAGCAAGUUCCAGGAAACCGGGUGAUUAUUAUCGACAGAAAUUCCGCCGUCGGCCACGAGACGACCCUGCGUAACUCCGAGGUGAUCCACGCCGGUAUCUACUACCCUAAGGACUCAUUGAAAGCUAAAUUGUGUAUUGAGGGUAAGCAGAAGAUCUAUAGCCAACAGAAUUGGCGCGUACCGUUGCGCCAGUGUGGCAAAUGGGUGGUAGCUCAAGAUGAAGGUGAGGCCCAGUAUUUGGACAAAUUGUACACCAAUUGCGUGGCAUUAGGGGUUCCAGUGGAGUUUAAGCUGAAACGGGAAGUGCAAAAGUACCCCCACAUCCAUGUGGGUGCCGCUGUGCUUGAAUCUCCCACCACAGGUAUCAUCAGUGCUCACGACUAUUGUACAUUCUUUGAACAGCAAUUUUCCAAUAACGAAGGUACUUUGGGUCUUAACGCUACCGUUACCGACAUUGAAUACUCUCAGAAUGAAUAUCUGUUGGAAGUACACGAUGAAGUCGAAGGGGCUGACUUCACCAUUACCGCGGAAAACGUCGUCAAUCUGGGCGGUCUCCACGCCGCUAGCAUCGCCAAUAUGCUUCUACCUCCCGAACGUCACUUUGGCUCAUAUUUCGCUAAAGGUAACUACUUUAGUUAUACCUCCUCGCAGCCCAUGGGUAAAAUCACUGACCAUUUGAUCUACCCUUGUCCUAAGCCCAACGCCGUACUGUUAGGCACUCACCUUACCUUUGACCUUGGUGGCCAGAUUCGGUUUGGUCCUGACCUUGAAUGGCUCCAUACUGCCGACGCUAAUGCCAUCGACUACACUCCCAGUGCCGCCAACCUCGAUGCUGCUGUUGACGCUAUUCGUACCUAUUUCCCUUCCAUCCAAAAAUCAGAGCUUGCUCCUGCCUACAGUGGCGUACGGCCAAAACUAAAACUGCAGCAUGAUAGUCGCCAAGGGUUCGUUGAUUUCUAUAUUAAGGAAGAAGAAGGCUUCCCUGGCUUCGUCAACUUAAUCGGGAUCGAGAGUCCGGGGCUCACUCUGGCGUGGGCCAUUGCCGAUUACGUCAAGGCUAUGUACCAUUAA